GGCCCAUCGGGCCGGGUCGAUUUUGACAUCUCUAACAACAAGUAUGAACCGUUUAUCUUAGCCCACCAAGCUAUCCAAGUGUAUUAUUGUCCAUAUCCGAGUUUAAAACAGUCUACUAAUGACUGGUGGGAAGUUUGCAAAAUUAAAGCUAGAUCUAAUGUGGAAGUCUCAGAUCAAUCAUCUAGCUUAAUAGUACCUCCACCAUUUCAAGAGGAUGAGUUGCCUUCAAUUACAAAUCUAAUUAUGGAUGAUGACACAACAUUAGUCCAUCCUGAUGGUACUUUGAUUGACAUAGAAGAGGAAGAAAAUGAUGAUGAUGAUGAUGAUGAUGAUGAGUUGUCCGAGCAAGAAGAUAAUGAUAAUUCGAGUGAUUCUGAUUACGACGAUGUUGAUUAGGAUGGCUAAUAGAGGACGAAGUGGAGCUGCAGUUAGUCGGAUGACUGAGCCUCCACAUUCAUCAUCAUCAGAUGGUGGUGACAUUAGCGCGUCGGUGGGAGAUUUAUCAUUAGGUGGAGGAGAGGCUGGCUCAAGUAGCGAGACAUCACUAUCUAGGGCUGGGAUGAAGGAGCUGACGAUCGUCAAGGGGAUAUUAUGUCCAUCACAUGAUGUCUCUCAUCUGAUUACUGAGUCAUUCCAGCGAGUAAUAAAUCACCAUGGCUUCUGUUGGAAAUUAGUGUCGGAUGAACAGAAGAAAGAGUAUUUUAAAGACUUCAAGAAAUUCUUCUAUUGGACAGGCUUGAGUGAAGAGGUUGUGUACAAACAUUGUUACACGAGGGCAAGAGACAGAUACAGACAUCUCAUUCAUAAGAUCAAGAGGUGCCGAAACAACGAGCAACAACCUCCAUUCAUUCCUGAAAGAGAUUGGUCAAGUUGGAAAGAGUAUUGGGGUCGGGAUGAUGUGAAAGCAAAAGCAGAAAAGACGCGAAGGAAUAGGAUAUCUGAACCAUAUGGAGUUGGAACAGGGAUCAUAAAGCAUAGAGGUGGCUCAAUAUGUGCUUUGGAUUACGCCAUGGAAAUGAUGAAGGUGAAUGAACGUAUUGAGACAUUGAGCCAGCUUGUUCCCGGCACAAAUAAGGUGCCAGAGGUGGAUAGGAAUGAGAUCUUCAAAAGUCUUAUCCAACCCUCGAAGAAGAAGAGAUUAUUUGGUGCUGGUUCUCUUGCGCAUUGCUAUAUAAGUGGGUCAUCGAGUGCUGAUUCUGCAGCGACCUCCCAGCUCGAUUCCACUGCUCAGCAGAAGUUGGUGGAGGUGCAGGAACUGUUAGAGUUAGAGAGACAGGAGCACCAUCAAAGCGAGGAAAAGAUGCGAGCAAAGCUGAGGGCAAGAGACGAGGCACAAGCAAAGAUGUAG